AAUAGCAAUUAGCAUCAGCAAGAAGACCUCUUCUUCUUCCUCCUCCUCUUCCUCAUUCCCAGCCGGCUGCUAUCUCUCACCUACAUCUUCUUGAUAGUAGUAUUAUUUUGUUCCAACUUUUUAUUUAGGUUUUGUGGCGUGCUGGUAGCUCCUUCUUCCCUCGUACCAUUUUCGCUGUUGGUCUUUAUUGCAGCAGCUGCUGCUGUUGCUCGUGCUGAGCUGAGCUGAACCUGCCAAUCUGCAACACUGCAAUCGUUAGCAAGUUCGCUCAACUGGCCAGCUGCUACAGAUAUAUCUGCUGAUAAUUGAGCCCCAACCACCUUUCUCUUCCCCCUUUAAACUUCCCUGGUCUCCGUCCUCUUCGAUCUCCUCUGCCGUCGAUCUCAUCGGAAGAGAGCGCCAAGCAAGAAAGAAUAAUUAUUCCUGAAGAUUCCUCUUCUGCAUGUUGAAGUGUACAAGACAGCCACAACAACUGAGGAUAUGAGCUGGUGGUGUUGCAUUCCAAAAUCCAAGAAAGGAGAGAAUCCUUACUCUCAUGGCGUUAGCGGUAUUCCGCCUGAGAAAAACAUAAGGCUUUUCUCUUAUUCUGAGUUGAGAUCAGCAACAGAAAACUUCAACCGCAGUAAUAAAAUUGGCCGAGGUGGCUUUGGGACAGUAUACAAGGGAACUAUUAGAAAUGGGCGAGAUGUUGCGGUGAAAGUUCUUUCUGCUGAAUCCAGGCAGGGCGUUCGAGAAUUUUUGACAGAAAUUGAUGUUAUUACCAAUGUGAAGCAUCCCAACCUUGUUGAAUUAAUUGGCUGUUGUGUUGAAGGAAACAAUCGAAUUUUGGUAUACGAGUAUUUAGAAAACAGCAGCCUUGACCGUGCAUUGUUGGGUUCUAAUAGCGAACCUGCAAAUUUUACUUGGAGCAUAAGAUCUGCUAUAUGCAUAGGAAUCGCCAAAGGACUUGCAUACCUGCAUGAAGAGAUUGCGUCACCGAUUGUGCACAGAGAUAUCAAGGCUAGCAAUAUACUUCUUGACAAGCUUUACAACCCCAAGAUCGGGGACUUCGGUUUAGCCAAGUUAUUCCCUGAUAAUAUCACCCACAUCAGUACCCGUGUUGCUGGAACGACAGGCUACCUUGCACCGGAAUAUGCAUGGCAUGGCCAAUUGACGAAGAGAGCCGAUAUAUACAGUUUUGGCGUCCUUGUACUUGAGAUCGUAAGUGGCAAGAGUAGUUCAAGGAGUCUCCUGGCUGACGAUAAGAUUCUCCUAGAGAAGGCAUGGGAGCUACAUGAGGUAGGGAAGCUCAAGGAGCUGGUGGAUUCAGAAAUGGGAGAUUACCCUGAAGAGGAGGUCCUCCGGUACAUCAAGACGGCCCUCUUCUGCACGCAGGCGGCGGCGGCGCGGCGGCCGUCGAUGCCGCAGGUGGUGACGAUGCUGUCCAAGCCCAUCCGCAUCAACGAGCGCGAGCUCACGGCGCCGGGCUACAUCCACGACUACAAUGGCACGGUCUCCAAGGCCACCAACUCCAGCAACUCGAGGUUCAAGCACUCGGCGUCCGACACCUCCGACAUGUUCAGCACGGUGGUGCCACCCACGGUGUCCGAGAUCAGCCCAAGGUGAAAAUGGAAGGAAAACAUCACCAGGCUGAUUGAUGCUGAUGCUGGGUCUAUGUUUCUUGUCUUACCUUUGCAUGUUGAGUUGAGUGACAGUGCAUAGAGGGCACACGUUUAGAUGUGUGCCAAUUGUGAAUCGUGUUGUUUCUUUCCAUUCCUUGUGCAAAUUGCGGCAUCUAGAUCUUGUAAAUAGUAGUAGGUUGAUCCUGACUUGUUUACGUCAGAGCAAUUCAAGAUCGCUGCUUGUUGGACAUUAAUUUUGGGGGCAAUUGAACAGAACAGCUUCUGUAGACAUGGCACAGGAGAGAGAAAUCGUGUAUAAUCCAUCACUCAGUUGCGCUUUCAGUUCUGAACUUA